AUGGGUGCUGCAAGAAUUACAAAUAGAGCUCAGGGAAUUGUAUCAGUUGUGAGAAGAUGGCAUAUGGUUGUGACGAGGGCUUCUAUUAGUGACGACACUCUACACUCACAAAAAGUUGCUACGACAUUAGCCGACACCGACCAUGACCUAUAUGACUCGCAGCAAACCUCACAAAACCCAUUCUCCUUCCACGCUAGGCAAGCUUUAGGUCAGUAG